GCGGCCAUGGCGGGCGGUUGCCUGGCGACCGCUGGCGUCGUGAGGGGCCGGCCGUGAGGGGCGCCGCCAUCGCGCCGCGGCCGCCGCUCCGCCCCGCCGGAGAAGAGUUCCCGUUUUGCCUCUCCUGAGCCGAGGAACGCCUGUGGACAGGCACUGUGAAUUAAUGGUGACUCAAGAAGUGCCAGACCUACCCACAUGUCUUGAAGAAAAACCUUCAUUAGGUGAAUCCAGCACGUCCAGUAAAGAAGUACUUAACACUAAUGACAUGAAGAUGCCUGAAGUUUCUAAAGUCAUGACAAAAGCUGACAUCAAACCAAAAUCUGUGCAUCGUGCCAAAAUAUGGUCAAAUGAUGUAGAGAACUUAUACAGAUUUCAGCAAGCUGGAUACAGAGAUGAGGUGGAAUAUAAACAAGUAAAACAAGUUGAUGAGGCACUCCACACUCAUGGAUCCCUUGAAAAGCCUGUCCAGUGUCCUCUGUCCUGGCUCCAUCAACCAGCCCUGGCUCAGACCUUGAGUCUUUUCCGGGGCCUGGCACACAGCAAAGGAAAUCAAGGAUGGGAUUUAAUAAGAAGGCAGGCCAGACUGCAUGGAUCAGGGCCAGGGCCCAGCCAGACCAUUUACUGGAGCAGAUGCUCUGCAGUUUCACACGUCCUGUGGCAGCUCCCGAGGCAGGCGCUUGGCGGUGCUCUGAGGAUGGUGGGGAGGCACCCACGCACCCGAGCCCGGGGAGAUCUUAACAAACUUUGGAACACUGGAGAGGUGCCAGAGGACUGAUGGAGAGUCAACAUGAACCAGGACUUAAAAGGGAAUGAUACUGGACUGGAUAAACAGACUCUAAUCAGGGAUAAAUUAAUGAAGUGGUUACACUGGGCCUCUGUCAAUAGAGGUUAAUAAGUAUUUUCCACUCUGCUUCACUGAUCAGACACAUCUUGUAUGAUACAGACAAGGUGGAUACAGAGAUGUAAGACAGAUGCAGAGCAGGCAGAGGUUUUUUUUCUGGAACAUUAAUUUACUGCCUGAGGACUAACACAGUUUCCAAACACUGCCAUCAGUCUCAGCCCAGAGUUACCUGACUAUAAGCAGUGACUCGUGCUGUGUGAGAUCCCCAAAAGAGAGUUCCCACCUCUCGCUUGGGAUGGAGCCCUCAUUCCUCAGACUCCAUGAAAUCCAUAAACUGUAGUAAGAUAACAGCUCCCUGGUGCCAGUAGGAUUUGCAUGACUUGCUUUUCAAUUCAGAGGCUGUAGCCACUGCAGGUUUUGAAUUGCACAUGCCCAUGGAGGAGAAAAAACAAAAACCUGCGGCUGGAGCAGUGCCAGCUGGAAACAUUUCAGCACAAAAGGCAGCAGUCUGGAUUUCAGGCAGAUGUUUUAGUCAGCCUCUGGCUAGCCAUCGUUUAAUGGAGCAUGUACCUCAGGAAUAUUGAGUUUUGGGAAGAAAAUCUCCUUCUCCUGGAUGUGCUUGGCUGGCAGGUAGCCUUGAGGUGUCUUGGGAAGAUGGCACAGACCCUCGCUGCUGGUGGGAUAACCUCUCAAAGCAUGCUUGCUGCGGGCAAAGAAGGUUUUUCAUCUCACCUCUCUGCAGAGAAUCACAAAACCCUGCAUUCCAAGGCUGUGGUAGUGCCAAAGGGGAGCAUAUGCACAUACUAAGGAAGGAAAAAUAGGUGCAUAAUUUUCUUUUCUGUUCAUCCCACUGUGGAAAGCUUAAAUGACAAGAUGGAAAUCCUGCAAAAUCAGGAGGUGGUACUGCUGCUCUGUGUCCUUUUGCUAUUCAAAGUAGCUUUUUCCUUCUUGAAGAUCAGUACCAAUGCAGAUUUCCCUGUGAUGUUCCUGCCACCCAUGGCGGGGUGAGGGGUGAUGUCUGACUUGCAGAUGAAGGGCUGUUUUCCUGUUCAGCUGCUGUGUAACCACCGGUGUCACACUGAGCUCCAUCCUCUGCUCUUCAAAGGGGUAUUUUGAAGCAGCCCCAUAGCUGCUGUCCCACUUAAUGUCUGCCACCAGCUCAGAGGAGCAGUUGGUAAACAGUUUAUACAUCUAUCAGAAGCCCAGGAGGGAAAUUUGCAUUGUAUAUGCAUACUUGUGCAUAUAUUAAUGAAAUGUUUAUAUUUUUGAAGAUAGUUUUUCUCAAAAAUAAAAAAAAUAUUGAGGAAAUUUUUCUCUAAAUCUAUUGAAUGUUGAGUCUCUGCUGAGAUUUUGGAGUAUGAAGGAGUAGAUGUGAAAGCUUCUGAAAUUAAUGAAUUUCAGAAGUAAGUAAGAUAAUAUAAAAGAGGGAGAAUCCACAAUCCUCAUAAAACUCAAAUGCUGAAAAAUCCACAGGAGAAUGAAAAUUAUAAUGAAUAAUUCAGACAAUACAUCCUUGAAUGAGAAUGUUUCAGCUUGCUCAUUUGCUCAGUCUCUCAUCUGAUCUCCAAGAACUAAACUUAAAUGUGAAAAAAGUGAAAUAAGUAGUUUUUCAGAACUGUUUGAAGCCCUCUGUCUGCAUUCUGGAGCUUGGAGGUUUGCCACGGGCUGAGGUUUGCACAGGAUCUGUGUGCUCGUGCCUCCCUCUGCUGACUGCUUCCCCAGACCUCUCUCUCCUUGGCUGCAAAUCUUAAAAGGCCGUGGUUGUUUUCCCCCUCCCACUGGGCUGAUGUUCCUCCCCAUGUCCCAGGCAAUGACAGUAAAAUCUGGGGAGCUGUUGGGUACGUGCUGCUCCCAGCCCCACAGUGACAGUGGGUGUCACCCCAGCAGCCCUGUGUUCCCUUUGUGGCAUCUGCCCCAUGGGUCACAGUGCCACUCAGCUUCUCCAUUAACUUUAAAUUAAAGCAUCCUUGUUCCGGAGAAAAACUCUGAAAGCAGUAAGGCAGAGACUCAAGGAAAGUCACCAUAAACUGAGAGAUGCAGGCAGAGACCUUUGGCUGCAUCACUAGAUUACACCUGGGGUGUACUUGAAAUACUUAGAAACUUCCUGUCCUCUCAGCAGAAUAUGUGCCCCCAGCAAAGGCAAGAAAUGUACAAUCUCAGCAAGGCAGGAUUAAGUGAAAAUCAUAAAAUCAUGCCCCCUGCUCUGGGGGGAACAUGGCUGUCCUCAAGCUGGUUGUCCCUUGAUGAUCUGCCAGAGUCGGGUGACCUUUCUAUAGAGGGAGUCAAACCCAGCUCUUCUGGGAUGAUGGAGAGGGAUCUCAGUGUUGUAAAUGUCUUGUCCAUUUAUUCCUCUUCCAGAGUAUUUCCUCAGGUUGGGGGCCGAUAGAGAUGAGAGUAAAAUCUAUUCUAGCAAACCAAGAUUGUUAGUCAGGUUUCCUUUGGAUUUGAAAACAGUGAAAACAGCUCCUGGAUGCCCCAGGAGUUUUGUGUUGUGGAAGCUUUGUUAGAAAGCUCUGAGGAAACUGCUAUCCUUUCAAAAUAAAGUGUGCCAAGUAGAAUAGUCCCAUGGCUGUCAUGCUGGGAGCUGAGGGCUGAUUUAAUAGUGCAAAAACCAACUGCCAGGCUGCAAUCAGUAAUGGCUGUGUAGGGAAGCUGAAAUUGCUACGGGGACGGAGACAGGAGAGCAGGCUCUGCUCUUGCUGGAGCUGAGACCAAGAUAAAUGGCAGCAGAAAACCCCUGCUACCAAAGAGUUAUGGAAUAAAUUGAUGCAUUAGAAGCCCCAGCACAUUAGAUCACUAGAAGGGACACACACAGCAUCAGGGAGCCAGGUCAGUGAGGGGCUGAAGGCAGCACUGCCUGCCCAGAUGAGUUACUGACCUCCACCCUGGGACUCCAGCAGCCAGCUGGUGAGUUACAGAGGCUGCAGCAUCAGUGACAGUGACAUAUAAUUAGCCUUGGGAUAUAUUGAAAUUUUCAUAUAUGUGCUGAAGUAAACCUUCACCCAGAGUGCAGAGAAAAACACAUGAUGACUUUUAAUAUAAAUAAAAUAUUAGACAGGAGAAAGCAUAUAGUCUUUUAUAGUCUAUGGUGCUGAUGUUCUGAAGAGACUCCAAAGCUCUCUGCAAUUUAUGGGCCAAAUCUAUUUCUAGGAAGUAAUGCCAGGAAUAUUUUUGAGGAAGGAGAGCUAAAGCUCAGCACGCAAACCUUGGAACUGCUGUAACAGCCGCAGCCAAAUGUAAUAAAUGUAAAGUACACUAAAUAAGACCAAAGGAGUUGUGUCCAACCUGAGCAGUACAAAUCCAUCCAAUGUUAAAUCAUCCAAGAUUUCCUUUGAUAUUACUUCCUCUAUUAAACAGCAAGUUGUUUUUUAUUUCAGACCUAAGAAGCAUAGCUAUUUUUCACUGAAGGUUGAUAUAUUUACUUUGAAUUGUAGAAAGAAGUGAAUCUGUUUGGUCUGUUACAUUAGUGGCUCAAUCAGAUUCUCAUCAGAUUAGAGCUGCUAAAAAGUGAUCACAUCACCCAGGAAGCACUCUGAUGCACAAGUGAGUGGUCCAGGUUGGUUAAGUGUAGAAGACGUAGCACUUAAAAAACAAGAUACUAUAACAAAGCAUGGGCUGAGAAACAAUUAACUCCCUUGUUCAAAUAUUCCCUGAUUAUUGAUUCAUUGAUUAUUAUGCACAAGUAACAAUUGGUGGUUUUCAGCAAGUUUUGCCUGUGUUUUGCAUUUGUUCUCAGUUAUUCAGUGGAUGCUGGAAGAAGGUUAUGUCCCUUUGUCCUACGGAGCCAUAACUCCAAGUUUAAAUGAUGCAGCACACUCCCACAGUCACCCUCUCCAGCACUGCCAUGCCCCACCCAGACCCUACAAACCCUCAGUAUUUAAUCUGGGCACAGCCAGAGCCUGCUCAGGAGUAUAAUUAAUACAC